CAAUUAUCAAUGCAGAUUGUACAACACGACUGUGCAAAUUUGCAUGCACCAAAACGCUGUGAUCGAUCAAACCUUACAUGAGUGGAGAAAAAAUCGAGAAAUUGAGACGCAUUUCUCCGAGAAUUUCGUGUAUGAGAGACAAGAGAUCCGAAUUCACAGGGAACAAUGUCAUUUGUAGACACCGAAGAGACGAAUCUGGAACCAGAGGGAGAAAAUUUCACCAACACGAAGAAGAAAUUGACGAUUAAUGUGACGAAUUUGUUGUGAAUUGGUGACGAAUUGUUUACGUCAAGCUGCAAUGCAGAUUUAUAUGCCAGAAGAAGAAGAAGAAGAAUCGUACAUAGAUUGAUCGUUUGAUCCGAAUGAAUUGCUAGGGUUUCGUUACAGUUUUCGAUAUGAGUACUGCGGUGAAUAUUAUAGUAGGAACUCACGUCUGGGUUGACGAUCCGAACAAAGCAUGGAUUGAUGGGCAGGUAACAAAGAUUACUGGCCAAGAAGCUGAGAUCGAGACUCCUGACCUCAAAAAGGUAGUUGCUAAGUUAUCAAAUGUAUAUCCAAAGGACACGGAAGCUCCAGCUGGUGGUGUUGAUGACAUGACAAAACUAUCAUAUUUGCAUGAGCCAGGAGUCCUGCAGAACUUAAGAAUUAGAUACGAACUCAAUGAAAUUUACACUUACACCGGAAACAUCCUAAUUGCAAUAAACCCGUUCCAAAAGUUACCUCAUUUGUACGAUGGUCAUAUGAUGGAAGAAUAUAAGGGAGCACCGUUUGGAGAACUGAGUCCGCAUGUAUUUGCAGUAGCUGAUGCGUCUUACAGGGCUAUGAUUAAGGAGGGUAAAAGUAAUUCGAUUCUGGUCAGUGGUGAAAGUGGAGCAGGUAAAACGGAGACAACCAAAAUGCUUAUGCAGUAUUUAGCAUAUUUGGGUGGUCGGAAAGCUACUGAAGGACGCACAGUUGAACAACAAGUUCUAGAAUCAAAUCCAGUUCUUGAAGCAUUUGGCAAUGCUAAAACUGUUAGAAAUAACAAUUCCAGUCGUUUUGGAAAAUUUGUCGAAAUCCAAUUUGAUAAGCACGGAAGAAUAUCAGGAGCAGCCAUAAGGACCUAUCUUCUAGAAAGGUCUCGUGUUUGCCAAAUAAAUGACCCCGAGCGCAACUAUCACUGUUUUUACCUAUUAUGUGCAGCACCACAAGAGGAAAUUGAGAAAUAUCACUUGGGGAACCCAAAAUCUUUUCAUUAUCUUAACCAGUCAAAAUGCUACGAGCUUGUUGGUGUAAAUGACGCCCAUGAAUAUCUUGCCACAAGGAGAGCUAUGGAUGUUGUUGGAAUUAGCAAAGAAGAGCAGGAAGCGAUAUUUAGAGUUACUGCUGCUAUUCUUCAUCUUGGCAAUAUUGAAUUUACCAAAGGGAAAGAGGUUGAUUCUUCGGUUUUAAAAGACGAUAAAGCUAAAUUUCACUUAAAAGUGACUGCAGAACUUCUUAGGUGUGGUUCUGUGGGUUUGGAAGAUGCAUUGUGUAAACGAGUGAUGAUUACUCCUGAAGAAAUUAUAAAAAGAAGUCUUGAUCCCCUUAGUGCAGCAGUCAGCAGGGAUGGAUUAGCUAAAACAAUAUAUUCCAGAUUAUUUGAUUGGCUGGUGGAUAAAAUAAAUGUCUCAAUUGGACAAGACCGUACCUCAAAAUGUCUGAUUGGGGUCCUCGAUAUAUACGGUUUUGAAAGCUUCAAGAACAACAGCUUUGAGCAGUUUUGCAUCAACUUCACGAAUGAGAAACUGCAGCAACACUUUAAUCAACAUGUGUUUAAGAUGGAGCAAGAGGAAUAUACAAAAGAGGCUAUAAAUUGGAGCUACAUUGAAUUUGUCGAUAACCAAGAUGUUUUAGAUCUCAUUGAAAAGAAACCUGGUGGAAUCAUUGCUCUCCUUGAUGAAGCCUGUAUGUUCCCAAAGUCUACACACGAAACGUUUUCAAACAAGCUUUAUCAGACCUUCAGAAAUCACAAACGUUUUGUGAAGCCCAAGCUGUCACGUACAGACUUCACAAUCGCGCAUUAUGCUGGAGAGGUCCAGUAUCAAUCCAAUCAAUUUCUUGACAAAAAUAAAGACUAUGUAGUCCCCGAACACCAAGACUUGUUGGGUGAUUCCCGAUGUGCAUUUGUAGCUGGCCUUUUCCCUCCAAUUGCUGAAGAAUCUCCUAAAUCUUCUAAGUUCUCUUCAAUUGGGUCUCGUUUUAAGUUGCAAUUGCAACAACUGAUGGAGACACUAAAUGCAACAGAACCUCAUUACAUUAGAUGUGUAAAACCAAAUAAUCAACUGAAACCUGCCAUAUUUGAGAAUGUCAACAUCUUGCAACAAUUACGCUGUGGGGGCGUUUUAGAGGCGAUCAGAAUCAGUUGUGCUGGUUAUCCUACUCGUCGUCCUUUCUAUGAGUUUAUAAACAGAUUUGGACUUCUUGCCCCUGAAGUGUUAAUAGGAUGCUUUGAUGAAAAGGUUGCAUGCGGAAAGAUUCUAGAAAAGAAGGGAAUCAAAGGCUUUCAGGUUGGUAAAACAAAAGUUUUCCUGAGAGCUGGACAGAUGGCGGAAUUAGAUGCAAGAAGAACCGAAGUCCUCAGUAGUGCAGCACAAAUUAUCCAAAGGAGAAUGCGAACUUAUAUUGCUCAUAAACAGUUCAUUGACACUCGGAAGAGUUCAGUUGUCUUGCAAUCUUUUUGCCGAGGUAGAUUGGCUGGCAAACGUUUUGAAGAACUGAGAAGGAUAGCAGCUGCAAUAAAAAUACAGAAACACUUCCGUAAAUACCACGCUUUGAAAGUCUACCGUAAGCUCCGUGCGUCAGCACUUAAGGUGCAAGCAGCCAUACGUGCAUUGAAGGCUUGUAAGGAAUUCAAACUAAAGAAACAAACCAAGGCCGUAAUCAAGAUGCAGGCUCGAUGGCGUUGUCAUAGGAGUCGUUCAUACCAUAAAAGGCUAAAGAAGGGAGCCAUAGUUACACAAUGCAGAUGGAGGGGCAAAAUGGCAAGGAAAGAGUUACGAGAACUUAAAAGGGUUGGUUUCAACGUGUAUUUAAUUUCUAAAUUAAAAGUAUUUUGUUUCAUGAGCCAUUUUUUGAGAUAUAAAAUUAGAUAUGAACUUUAUCUUACUUUUCUGCAGAAAGCACGGGAUACAGGCGCCCUUAAAGAAGCAAAAGAUAAACUUCAAAAACAAUUGGAGGAACUAACAUGGCGUUUACAGUUGGAAAAGCGCUUAAGGACUGAUUUAGAAGAAGCAAAAGCCAGUGAGGCUAACAAAUUUAGAAAUUCUUUAGAAUCUUUGCAAAAAAAACUCGAUGAAGCAAAUGCAACAAUAAUCAAGGAAAAAGAGGCAGCAAGGAAAGCUAUUGAAGAAGCACCUCCUGUUAUUCAAGAAAAAGAAGUAAUCAUUGAAGAUACUAAAAGAAUUGAAUCCCUCACUGCAGAAAUCAAUCAUUUAAAGACGUUAUUGGAAUCUGAAAAGCGACAUUCUGCUGAUUUAGAAAAGAAAUACGCUCAAUCUCAAGAGCGUAGUGAAGAUGCACUCAAGAAAUUAGAAGAUUCCGAAGAUAAAGUCCAACAGUUACAAGAUUCUCUGAGCAGGCUGGAAGAGAAACUACAGAAUAUUGAUUCAGAAAAUAAAGUUUUCCGUCAACAAGCUGUGUCAAUGGCACCUAAUAAGUUUCUCAUACGUUCCAAAUCUAUCCUUCAGAGAUCGGAGAGCAGUCACUUAUUCGGAGACGCAAAGCCACCUCUUGAACUGCAUAGCAUGUCGAUGAACCAACGGGAUCUUUCAGAACUUGAUGACAAACCACAAAAGUCACUUAAUGAAAAACAGAUAGAGAAUCAAGAAUUGCUAAUCAAAUGCAUUGCACAACGUAUAGGAUUUGCAGGAGACAAACCACUUGCGGCUUGUAUAAUUUACAAAUGCCUUCUACAAUGGAGAUCUUUUGAAGUUGAACGAACGUCUGUUUUUGACCGCAUCAUCCAGACCAUAGGUCAUGCAAUUGAGAAAUCCCAGGAUAAUAAUGAGAUAUUGGCCUAUUGGUUGUCGAAUGCGUCAACUCUUUUGCUUCUACUUCAACGCACUCUGAAAGCAAGUGGUGUGACAGCUGGACUGGGCCCACAACGUCGUCGAUCAUCAGCCACUCUUUUUGGAAGAGUGAAUAACAGUUUUCGUGGAACUCCUCAAGGAGUGAAUAUUUCUUUUCAUAAUGGAAGUUUGAGUGCGUUAGAUGCUGUAAGCCAAGUAGAAGCCAAAUAUCCCGCUUUGCUUUUCAAGCAACAACUUACAGCAUACGUUGAAAAAAUAUACGGAAUGAUCCGAGAUAAUUUAAAAAAGGAAAUAUCUCCGUUACUCGGGUUGUGUAUUCAGGCGCCAAGAACUUCCAGGGCAAGCCUAGUAAAGGGAACAUCACAUCCGGUUAAUAAUGCGGCUCAACAAGCGUUGAUUGCUCACUGGCAAGGAAUUGUGAAGAACCUUGGAGAUUUCUUGAACACUUUAAAAACAAAUCAUGUACCACCAUUUUUGGUCCGAAAAAUUUUCACACAAAUAUUUUCAUUCAUUAAUGUUCAAUUGUUUAACAGCCUUCUUUUGAGACGAGAAUGCUGUUCAUUCAGCAAUGGUGAAUAUGUGAAAGCCGGACUUGGUGAAUUAAAAGACUGGUGUUACAACGCAACCGAUGAGUAUGCAGGUUCUGCAUGGGAAGAACUUAAACAUAUCCGGCAGGCUAUCGGGUUUCUGGUUAUUCAUCAAAAGCCGAAGAAAACCCUUGAUGAAAUAAGUCAUGGCCUGUGUCCCGUUCUUAGUGUACAACAGUUGUACCGGAUCAGUACGAUGUAUUGGGAUGACAAAUAUGGAACUCAUAGUGUGUCCCCGGAUGUUAUAUCCAGCAUGAGGAUUAUGAUGACAGAAGAAAAUAAUGCAAUAAGCAAUUCUUUCCUUUUGGAUGACGAUUCCAGCAUUCCGUUUUCAGUCGACGAUAUAGCGAAGUCAAUGGAUCAAAUUGAAAUCUCGGAUAUCGAACCACCACCUUUAAUCCGUGAGAACUCGGGCUUUAGCUUUUUGUUGCCACAAGCAGACUAACUGCCAUUUUUAACAAUUUGAGCUUGAUCCGUCUCGGCGUUUUUUUUUUUACCAAUUUGAGCUUGAUCCUUCUCGGGUGCUAAAUCUCGUCCAAUAACAGAACAGUUUUGUACAAAUUUGAUUAACCACCGAUCUCAAGUACUAACUUGGCUUUGAA